CAGUUAACACGAUCGCGUUUUUUGUCAAACUCUUCUUCAUCCGGUUUUCGCGAUGGGUAUCGACAUUAACCAUAAAUACGACCGCAAGGUCCGUCGUACAGAGCCCAAGUCCCAAGAUGUAUACUUACGUUUGUUGGUUAAGCUAUACAGAUUCUUGGCAAGACGUACGAAUUCCAAAUUCAAUAAGAUCAUCCUCAAGCGUCUUUUCAUGAGCAGGAUCCACAGGCCCCCAAUGUCUUUGGCUCGUGUUGUUCGUUUAAUGAAAAAGCCAGGACGUGAAAACCGUUUAGCUGUAAUUGUCGGAACUGUUACAAAUGACGAUAGAAUAUUCGAAGUCCCAAAACUGACAGUUUGUGCACUCCAUGUUACUGAGAAAGCACGAGCACGUAUCUUGAAAGCUGGCGGUGAAGUUAUCACCUUCGAUCAAUUGGCUUUGAGGGCCCCCACUGGUAAGAACACAGUUCUUAUGCAAGGAAGACGUACUGCUCGUGAGGCUUGCAAACACUUUGGCUUGGCUCCAGGUGUGCCUCAUUCUCACACUAAACCAUUGGUUAGAUCAAAGGGACGCAAAUUUGAACGUGCUCGUGGACGCAGGAAGAGCUGUGGUUACAAGAAGUAAAUACAAUUAUAUACAAUUGUAUAAAGUGUAUUUGAAAUUAAUAAAUCAAACGUUUAUUAUUCAAA